GAGAGAAGAGAAGAGGAGAGGAGAAGAGAGGAGACAGAAGAGCACCUGUGCAGUGGAGGAAGCCGCUCACGGCGGACACCUCGCUCAUCAUGAACCUCUGUACGGAAACGGCGACGUGACGCUCGCGCGCUCGUGUUCGCUUUUCUUUAUUUCUGCAUCGCGUGCGUUCUCGUGUUUGACGUUCGGGUUUGCGUUUCUCGUUUUGUUUAUUAAUCGGGUCGCUCUUUGGUGAACGCACACCUCCCCUGUCCUCCCCUGUCCGGUGCUGUCAUGAUGCGCGCCCCGGCCCCGGCCCCGGCCCUGGCGCUGCUCCUCCUCGGCUGCUGGUGCUGCUGCAGCGGCUCGGCUCUCGGAGCUGCUCCCGCCGCCGCCGCCGCCGCAUCCGCCGCAUCCUUAGAUUUCGGCUCGGUCCCUGGAGGAGUUUACGAAACCGUCGCGUAUUACGAGCCAGGGCCGAUCGGCCUGCUGUUCAACAUGAUGCGCGCCUUCCUGCACGUGGUCCAGCCGAACCCGUUCCCUCAAGAUCUCGUCAUCCAAGUGGCAAAGGACAAGUUCGGAGCCAUCAAGUCUGAGUACCAGAAGCCAGAGAACAUUGUUCUGACACUGCAGGUGAUUUACUAUGAGCUGGGCUUUGUGGUGUGUGCGGUCAUGGGGAUUCUCUUCAUUGUGCUCGUGCCGCUGGUUGGAUUGCUCUUCUGCAUGUGCCGCUGCUGUGAUAACUGCGGAGGAGAGAUGCACCAGAGACAAAGGAAAAACGCAGACUGUCAGAGAGGACUGCUUACCACACUCCUGCUCACCACCACUUUCAUCAUCACCGCUGGGGUCCUGUGUGCAUAUGCAGCCAAUCAGAACCUGAGUUCUCAGUUGAAGACCGUGAGGAGGCUCGUCAGCAGUAACCUGAGAGACUUGUACACCUUAGCCAAUAAUACACCAGCGCAAGUUGAUUACCUGAUAUCUCAGUAUGGAACUGCCAAGAACCAGGUGCUUUGUGAUCUAGACAAUGUAGGUCAGUUGUUGGGUGGAAGGAUACAUGAAGAGCUGGGAAAAGUGGUGCUUCCUGCCCUGGAUGAGGCACAGAACAUGGCUGGAGUGAUUCAGGACACUAAGGAAGCUCUGGAGAACGUGACUGUGACGUUGGCGGUCCUGCAGGAGGGCACGGCGCAGCUACAGUCGAACCUGAGCAGGGUGCGCAUGGACAUCACGAAUGCCCUCGAUGACCCGGCAUGCGCUGACUUGUUUUCACACACAGUUCACAUCUGCGUCAACAUCCUCAGCUCUCUCAGCCAACUGGAGAUCAGCGCUAACUACUCAGCGCUGCCUGGUGUGAGUGAGCAGUUGGCCAAAGUGAACAACGUUUUGAAGACCAACCUCAGCCAAAUAGUUCACAAGGGGUAUUUAGCCUUCAGCGACACCCCAACAAUGGUAACAAACCAGACCAAAAAUGUAGCUGAAGGAGUCCGAGGUUUGUUGGAUGGCACUGGCAACAAUAUCACCAGAUUCUCCAAGCUGUUUCCGGUGCAGACGACUGUGAACAACGUCACCAUUUUCAUCAGUCACACACAUUCACAAAUUGAGGAUCUUUACCCAGAGAUCGACAAAAUGGACUUCUAUAGGUGGAUUGGGUGUAUCACACUGUGCUGCAUGGUGGCUCUUAUAUUAGCCUUCAACUUCCUGGGUCUUCUGUGUGGAAUCCUGGGAUUUGACAGACACGCCUCUCCUACUACCCGCGGCUGCGUGUCUAACACCGGAGGGAACCUGCUGAUGGCUGGUGUCGGCUUCAGCUUCAUGUUCUCCUGGGUGCUCAUGGGAGUGGUGACGGUGACGUUUGUGGUGGGGGGGAAUGUCGAGAAGCUGGUGUGUGAACCUUUCCACUCCAGAGAGCUCUUCAAGGUGUUGGACACUCCAAAUCUGGUGAACCCUUCAUGGAAGCAUUUCAUCCCUGGCUACCUGUAUAACGAUCCAGAAAUAGAUCUCACAGUGGAAAACAUUUACAGUAACUGUAAGGAGAACCAUGGGAUUUAUUCUGCCCUCCACCUGGAUAAAGUGUUCAACAUCUCAGCCUUGCUCAACACCAGCUUGUACACUAAGGAUGUGUCUAAGAAGUUUGACGGCGUGAAGGUGGAUCUGAAGACGAUUGUCCUGCUGAAUGCAGAGGGCAAAGAUAACCUCAUCAACUUCACUGAAGCUGGCAUUAAAGACAUCGACUUUGCAGCGUAUAUAGAGGAGCUCAAUAAAGGAGUGACCCGUGUCGACUUGCUGUCAUUCGCUAAUGACCUGGAUACUCAAGCUGACCAACUGACUAAAGGACCUGUACAGACGUCAAUCAAGGGCCACGCUAACACACUGCGACAGAUCCACACCAAGCAGGUCAUCCCUCUGCAACAGUCCAUGAAAUACGUUAGCGCAAGGAACACUCUGAACCAGAGCAUCAGGUUUCUGGAGAGGACCGCUUCAGAUCUAACAGACAAAAUUUCAGAAAUACUUCAAGUCGUUGAUUCGGCACAGUAUCUCAUCUCGCAUAACGCAACUUUUAUUGUCAAUCAGGAAAGUGAGAAAUACAAGCAGACCAUCAUUGGCUACUUUAAACAGUAUAUCAAUUGGAUCAAGACAUCACUGAUGACGGAAGUGGCCACGUGCAAACCUGUUAGUAACAUCAUAGACACUGCAGAGAUUCUGGCCUGCGGCUUCUUCCUCGAUUCGAUGAACACGUUCUGGUUCGGUUUGGGUUGCUCGGCGCUCUUCCUGCUGCCCAGCAUCAUCCUGUCUGUGAGGCUGGCCAAGUUCUACCGCAGAAUGGACACCGAGGACGUCUAUGACGAUUCCUCUGUCUCAGGAACUUGGCACUUCACAUUAUGAUAACCGAUUCUUGCAAUUUCCAUCUUCCUCCAUUAUUUGUCUCUUUCUGUCCAGCACUUUGCACUUUAAGAAAAAAAAAGUCUAUAUUGUAGAUACUCAGUGUUUUCAUUGUAUUGUUCGAUCAUUCACACUCUUACAAGUAAUGAAAUAGUGCUGAAACAUUAAAAGAAUCACCAAGUGUCUUGACCGGAGACAUGUCAGUGUACAUAAGCCUCUAUGGUGGAAGAUUAAUGUUAUUUGCUUGUCUUGUAUCUUUUUAGCAUUGACACAAUUCCCAUGAAAACGUAAGCUGUUUUUUUUUUUUUUUUUCCAAUUUUCCUCCUGCUCUCCUCUUUGAGAACCUCAUUAAUAUGAAAUCUUUUUUGUACAAAAAUCUCUUCGCUCUUAAGCUUAAGCCUUUGAAUGCUUCUCCGGUGAAGGGUCUUGCUUGUCUUUGUGUUGUGUGUGUGUGUGUGUGUGUGUAAGACUGUGUUUUCUUUUUUUUUUUUUUUUUUUUUUUUUAAUAAUUCCCUUGUUUAACAUAAAGGGCUGUUAAAAUCAUCGAUUAUAUUACAUAUCACAUACAGUUUGUGUAAAUCUUUUUGCAUUAAUACACUGAAAUUCUUACAAUUUGUACUUGUGCUGUUUUAUGCUCACCUGCACAUUUAUGAGGCCUAACUGUCCAAUCGCAUGUCAUUUGUCUCAUUGCUUAUUUUGUUGUUGAUUUUUGUUUGUAUUUAAUGUUUCGUUUCAGUAUGGAAAUUGGUAAUAAUGGUUAUUAUAAUGAACAUAUACAAGGUAUCCAAAACCCUGUAAUGUCAAGGUAAAAAGAACCGAACCCCCUGCACUGAAUCGAUCAAACAAUACUGAUUUGCAUGCUAGGUUUUGGAAAUAGUGGGCGAUACGGCAAAUAUCUGUUUAAUAUUUCACGACAUAAAUUAUGUAUCAUAAUGUUCAGUGUUUUCAUAGUAUGCUAACAAGCUAAAACAAAUUCACCGCACCGACUAAAAUAAUAGACCCACAUUAAAUUUAAAAAUGAACUAAAAGAAAUAGCACUCUUAGUGAAAAAAAUGGUUCCUUCAGGAGUUUUGGGAUGUUUAAUGGUUCUAGUUUACUAAAGGGGUUCUGUUUAGAACCUUUUCUGACAGGGAAACUCAAUCCUCAGUUUUUUGUGGUUCUACAUACAAGCUUUCCCCCAGAGUGACAAACUGAAUAAACCUUUAGGGUGCUCCCUUUUUUUUUCCCUAAGAGUACAAUUAAAGAUAUACAGUAUAUAGAAACUAUAUACAGUACUGUGCAAAGGUCUUAUACACUUAAAUUUGUACAUAAAAUUUGAUUUCAUUUUUUGCAGUUUUGAUGUCAUUAUUUUUUUGAGAGAAUCUUUAAAAUCAAAUUUUGCUAGCUAGUUGUCAGUAUCCGGACCACAGUCCACAAAAUGUCCCAGCAAAGGAUUUCAAGCAGAGUACUUGGGGAAAAAUAAUACUGUAGCAGAGCUGAUAAACAUAUGGGGAAAAAAACUGGCUACAGUUCAGCCACUCUAGUUUUCUAAUCCAAUCACAUGCAAAAUUGUAAAUUAUUUAGCUGAAGCCAGCUCAUUUGAACAGAUGUUCAUUGAUUUUUCAUUUUAUUUACUCUCUUUGCUCUGAUUAAUAAACUGAUGACAUUGAACUGAUGCUUUUUUUAAAGUUCAUGACAAGAGCAGAAUCUUUAAAGAUGAAUGGACAGAGAAGUGUGUUUACUGUCACUUUUAAAACAGAUGCGUCUCAUCUGUUCGUCAGUGACGCUAGUCAAAAUUGGCCACAAAAGUUGUUGAUAAUAAAACUUGUAGUCUUAUACUAAUCAUUAAUAGUUACACAAAAUGCAAUUUGUUGCCAUUUAGUCAUGUUUUUUGCUCAUCCAGAACUUUAUAAACAAAAACAUUAUGUAAUUGGGCAAAUUUUAGUUGAAUACCUCUUUUAGGACCUAAAACCUUUGCACAGUUCUAUAUAAUAAAAUAUUUUUGCUAAGAUUCAAUCAAAUACUUAUUAAUUUGACUCUGUGACACUAUUGGCUGAUCAGUUCUUCAUGACUGAUCUUGUGUUAUAGAGAUAUUGAUGAACAAAGUGCUGGAGCGCUAUUAGUCACGAUAACAAGAUUGUCGUAUCGCCCACCUUUAGGUUUUUGGUGACAGGAUUGAAGGAAAUAUAAUCACGUGUAGGAGGUGCAGUGCAUGCUGGGUACAAAAAUUCCCUUUCCAGUUAGCAUCAUAGCUAGCUCAGCCAGUACUGACAGUGUCUGAGCUCAGUACUAACUGCACGCCCCCAAAUAAAUCAGAACUCAUGAUCUCAAAUAAUUUCAAAUUCAUUUUAUUUCUUUGUUUAUUCUUUUGCUUCAUGUGCAACAUGUUCCUGCAUGUGACUCUGACUCGACUGUUAUUCCUGCACCGGGCUGUUUUUAUAUACUAACUGCAUGCCUGUGUUCGAGCCGUCUCAAUUUCUCAGAUCUGGUUGUGUACCAGAGGUCAGGACGCAGCACCACACUGACAUGACACACAGGGCACAUAGACACACAUCCCGCUGUGUUUGGUAUGAAAGAGACCUUCCAUUCAUCCCGCUGUGGGUCAGAGAGGUCAGUGCAUUUACCUAAAACAAACUAUAUGAGGGUGCGUUCACACUUGGCAUUGUUUUUACAGAGUAAUCAUUUGCUGGAGCUGAAAAAAACGUGGCUCAUGGGACAUACACACUGUAACCAUAACAACGCUCUUACCUGUUUUAGCUAGUGUCAGCUAACUAAAUAGCUAGAAAGUCCCAGAAAUAGAUACAUUGCUAUUUUUAGUUACGUUGCAACACUGGAAUAUCGAAAUAUUUUCAAUAUCUUCAAUUCAUUGUCGUAUUAUAUUCGCUCAAUAACAAGAUGAAUUUUUUACCAGCUUUCUGUCCGCCAUGUUUAUUUUUAAAAAGUGCGCGUAGUCGCCUUCUGAAAAAUGCAUGUUUUUUUUUUUUAGCUUCGGAAGCACCACUGUGACCGAAUAAACAUUGACUUCGCUUCUCAUAGCAUUACGUGUGAAAAUGUGCACUGAUGGUUGAGAAAAGUGUGAACACGCCCCAAAAGGCUAAGCGAUCUUGUUCCUUAUUUCGACACAGAGUUAUCAGAUAGCUAGUCCGUGUAGCAGGUGAACUCUGUGGUGCCCUGUGUGGCAUGGGAACGCUCUCGUCCUGCUCCUCUGGCACACUGAAAGAGAAUGAGUGAGUCUUGUAGAAAAAAGUGCCCUGGCAUUGAUCAUCUCUCCACUUGUUCUCCUUAAGCCUCCCUGCCUAUGACACUAUGACUCGAUUCCCACGAGCCUCGGCGCCCCCUCGCCAUGGCGACUGGUGACACCAAGGAGGAACCUUUGUUUAUUUUCUCCUCAGUACUCCACAAAGUGCUACUGGAAACUGAUUGAAACUCUAGACU